GGACCUCCCGCUCUCCUAGAGUUAAACUUCUACAGACAUCGAAAUAGAGGCACGAGAAGAGCACAUCUGCAUAACACAAAUCGUCACUAGUCAUCACCAGUCACGCAACCACCCUCAAUUAUGAACACAUAAUUGAGGGAGGAUUGAGGGAGGUCCCUUCCUCCGUCAGACAAUCCCACAGUUAUGUCAUUACCAGGCAGCUUCCAGUACGAGCCACCUCACACCCAACGGCAGGUAGAAUCGCCCUCAGAAAUACGGAAAUACAACCACACACACAGCCGCCGAGGGCCUCCCAGUCAGCUUGUAACCGUCUCGCGUUAUCUCACACACAAAAAGGGCCUGGCCAGGCAGAGGGGAGGUCUCUGCGAGUCCGAGGCUCCGGCUAGUCCCUGCCUCAGCCCCAGCUCCUCCACCGCACAUGCCCGCCUGAGGGUCCGUCCCACCUUCUCCAGGUCUGAUGAGACCCGGGAAUGCCUCUCCGUAACUGCGGUCUCAGACCCUAACCGCCCCAGCCCCUUACGCCUGACGCCUGCGCACUGAGUGCAGGCGGGCACUCCCAGGAAUACCAGCGGCGCAGCAGUUGCGCGAGCGCGUUUUAGCCGCGGAGUCCAAGAACCUCGCGGAGGUUUAGAAAACUGGGAUAAAAAAUAAAUGUUUAUAAAAAAUAAAAAAUUAAAAAAAAAAAAAAAAAAGAAAGAAAACUGGGCAUCUCAGCGUCCUGGCCGGCCAGGCUACCACCUUCCGGGCGUUGGACUACAUUUCCCAGAGGCACCGCGUCCCCAGUGCGGCUUCAUUUCCGUUUGUUCGCGCGAUUUGGGGACCUCGCGUGGGGAGGGCAGCGUCUGUGGAGGACCUUGGCUCGGCUCCGGCUGGGCGGGCGAACCCCAAAUUGGGCUUGGACCCCGGGCGCCAGAUCCUGGAUCCUGAACCGCACCUUCUGUCGAGAAUCCAGAGAAGGAAAAAAUGGCUGUCGUACAUUCAAAAGCAAAGUCCAAGUUAUUCUUAUUAAUACUCAGAUUGUUCAUCUCUGAUCUAUGAGAUCCUCUUUACUCCCUCUGAUUUGGCUCCUUUUGGAUUCUGUGGCCCUGGUCCUUGAGCUCUGCCUUUUUCAGACUCUGUGCUUCUCUAAGCUAGGAAUCCAGAGGAGGAUUGAUCAUUUCUUGCAGCGCUAAAAACCAUGGCUCAGAGAUCAGUGAUGUUCAGGGAUGUUGCCAUUGACUUCUCUCAGGAAGAGUGGGAAUACCUGGACUCUGCUCAAAGGGAUUUGUAUAGAGAUGUGAUGUUGGAGAACUAUAGUAACUUGGUGUCACUAGUAGACUUGCCUUCAAGGAGUGCAAAUAAAGACUUAUCUCCAAAAAAUGACAAUUAUGAAACAGAACUAUCCCAAUGGGAAAUGAGUGCCAGGCUUGAAAACUGUGAUCUUGAGGAGUCCAGUUCCAGAGAUUAUUUGGAAGUCAGAGGCACAUUGGAAAAACAACAAGAAAAUCAGGAGGAAUAUUUCAGGCAAGGGAUGAUCAUAUAUGAAAAAAUGUCCAUUUUCAAUCAGCAUGCUUACUUAUCUCAACAUACUAGGUGUCAUUCUACUGAGAAACCCUAUAAAUGUAAAGAAUGCGGGAAGGCCUUUAGACGAGCCUCACACCUAACUCAACAUCAUAGUAUUCAUACUGGUGAAAAACCCUAUGAAUGUAAGCAAUGUGGGAAGGCCUUUAGUCGUGAUUCACAGCUCAUUCUUCAUCAGAGACUUCAUACUGGUGAGAAACCCUAUGCAUGCAAGGAAUGUGGGAAGGCCUUUACUCAGAGCUCACAACUUAUUUUACAUCAUAGAAUUCAUACUGGUGAAAAACCAUAUAAAUGUGAAGAAUGUGGGAAAGCCUUUAUUCGUAGCUCACAACUUACCCGACAUCAAAAAGUCCAUACUGGUGAGAAACCUUAUGAAUGUAAAGAAUGUGGGAAGGCCUUUACUCAGAACUCACAACUUACUCUGCACCAGAGACUUCAUACUGGUGAGAAACUCUAUGAAUGUAAAGAAUGUAGAAAGGUCUUUACUCAGCUCUCACAACUUAUUCUACAUAAGAGAAUUCACACCGGUGAAAAACCUUAUGAAUGUAAGGAAUGUGGGAAAGCUUUUAUCUGUGGCUCACAGCUUUCUCAGCAUCAGAAAAUUCACAAUGGGGAAAAGCCAUAUGAAUGUAAGGAAUGUGGAAAGGCCUUUAUUCGUGGCUCUUUGCUUAUGCAACAUCAGAGGAUUCAUACUGGUGAAAAGCCCUAUAAAUGUGAAGAAUGUGGGAAAGCCUUUAUCCGUGGUUCACAACUUACUCAACACCAGAGAAUUCAUACGAAUGAGAAGCCUUAUGAAUGUAAGGAAUGUGGAAAGACCUUUAGUCAUGGCUCACAACUUACUCAACAUCAGAGAAUUCAUACUGGUGAGAAACCCUAUCAGUGUAAGGAAUGUGGAAAGGCUUUUAAUCGUGGUUCACUCCUUACUCGACAUCAAAGGAUUCAUACUGGAGAAAAACCCUAUGAAUGUAAAGAAUGUGGGAAAACUUUUAGUCGUGGCUCAGAACUUACUCAGCAUGAGAGGAUUCACACCGGUGAGAAACCUUAUGAAUGUAAGGAAUGUGGGAAGUCUUUUAUUCGUGGCUCACAGCUUACCCAACAUCAGAGAAUUCAUACUGGUGAGAAGCCGUAUGAAUGUAAAGAGUGUAGAAUGGCCUUUACUCAGAGUUCUCAUCUUUCUCAACAUCAGAGACUUCAUACUGGUGAGAAACCCUAUGUAUGUAAUGAAUGUGGGAAGGCCUUUGCCCGUGGCUUACUACUUAUACAGCAUCAGAGAAUUCAUACAGGGGAGAAACCAUAUCAGUGUAAGGAAUGUGGGAAGGCCUUUAUUCGUGGUUCACAACUUACUCAACAUCAGCGAAUUCACACUGGAGAAAAGCCUUAUGAAUGCAAGGAAUGUGGGAAGGCCUUUAGUCAUGGCUCUCAACUUACUUUACAUCAGAGAAUUCAUACUGGUGAGAAGCCCUAUGAAUGCAAAGAAUGCAGGAAAGCAUUUACUCAGAGCUCACAUCUUUCUCGACAUCAGAGAGUUCAUACUGGUGAGAAACCCUAUCAAUGUAAGGAAUGUGGGAAGGCCUUUACUCGUGGUUCACAACUAACUCAACAUCAGAGAAAUCAUAUCAGUGAGAAAUCUUUUGAAUAUAAGGAAUGUGGGAUAGAUUUCAGUCAUAGCUCUCAAGUUUAUAUAUGAGUUACCUGAUUCUUUAUGAUUAAGAUAGCCUUCUCUGGUCACUAAUCCAUUAUUAUCAAAGAAUUCCUAAAAUGUGAAUAUGGGAGCGUAUUUGCCUCAUAAAGUUCAGCAUCAGUGAAUUCUAAUGGGGGAAAGAUACUGUUAAUGUAAUCAAUGUAGAAAAACUUAUCAUUACUGGAAACCUAUUAAACUUUAGCUUAUAAUAAUAGAGAAUAAUUCUGUUAAUAUAGUAAAUAUAUUGAGGCCUCUGGCUGUAGAAUAUGUCUUUUCCAACAAUAUUUUGACUCUACCAGCUACUUUCCUUCAUGACAUUUAUAAUUAACCUCUGCUUUGGCUUAAUCGUUUGUAAGAUAGGCCUAAUACUUUCCUUGUAAGAUUCUUGGAAGUAUUAUGUGAGACAUUUCAUGUAAAGUUCUUAGAGCAGUGCCUUGAACAUAGUAUACCACAAGUAUUAGCUAUCAUUAUUAAUAGUAUGAUUUUAGAGAAUUUGCAUGAGAAGAGGACACUUAGGGGUAUAAUGAAUAUUGAGAAAUCUUUCAUUAAUAUUUGACCCUGUUUGAGUGGGGGCCACUGUAUGCUGUAAUGAACAUGAGAAAGCUUUCAUUCACAUCUUCCAUAUGCUAGAAGAGGAAAUUCAUACUGUUGGGUGUUGCGGGGAGACAAAAAUUUGUAGAUUUAAUCAGUGGAUUGUUGAAGAGAGGUAAAGUGAAUUGUAACAAGGUCCAAAAAUUCAUAUGUCCUAUCAUUUUUACCAUAAUUAAAGAAUAUUAUUUAAGAAAUGAAAAAUAAUGGCUAGCCAAAAUAAAAUUUUCUACUAGGGAAUUUCUAAAAACUUGAAUGUACAGCUUUUUAAUUAAACUAAAAAUAAACUGAUAUUACUAUUUUGCAGUGAAACAUGACGUUCUGUCACAGACUGCUACUUCCCUACCCAAUAUCCAUUUUUCCUUUAGAAUUCUUGGCUGAAAAAUGAUCUCAGCCUCUUUUGCAGCUCAGCAAGAUGGAAGUGGUAUUUGUACAUGUAGGACAUUUAAGAAUACCUUUCUCUCUCGCAUUUCUUUGUUUCCCUGCCUACAAUGUGGACAUUUAGUUUACAGCUCUGGUGAUUUUAUGGAGAAUUUGAAAAUGAUUAUCUGGGUACUAAGGAUGAUGGAGCAGAAAUACAGAAUGAGUCUACACCUGUACUGAUCUUUUGGAACAGUUGUACCAAUUCUGGUCUGUCUGCCUCCUGUAUUUCUUUAUAUAAAAUUCAAAUAAACUUAUUUGUUGA